CAGCACGCCUGUUGGUUCGAAACUGUGAUUCUUACUGCCAUGUUGGAAAGGCGAGUUAUUAUCUGCCUUCUUUCGCUGUUGGUUUCGGGGACGUCCGCAAUGCACUCAUCUCGGAGAUAUGGCGACCUACAUCCGGAGGCAAGAAUGGCGUUAGUUGAGAAAAUGAAAUACGUUAUGCCAAGAGAUGCUGACGUGAUGUUUGUUCUUUCAGAGACGAGUGGUUACACAGGCCUGCCAACUGGUGGGUGCCCCUUUUUCAUGAAUAUCACGAAGCAGCUUGACGAGCAGCGGCAGCAGCGAGAAGAAGCGAUUAAAGCAGCCUUCGAAAAUGUCAAGACGUUGAUCGCAAGCGGGGAAAACUGCAGUAAUACGACCGCAGUCAGAAACGAAAUUCUGGCAACGUUGAAUGCUUCUCUGACGUGUGAGCCAAAGCCUGCUUGCGACCCUUCCAAGGCAUACCGGGAAAUCGACGGUAGCUGCAAUAACCUGGAGCACCCAGACUGGGGAAAAACCGACUCCUGCCUGCGGCGUGUGCUUAGCCCGGCCUACGCAGAUGGUGUAUCCAAACCCAGGCUUGCCUGCGACGGCUCUCCGCUUCCGAGCGCCCGGCUUGUCUCCAUGACUCUUCAUGAGCAGAGGAACGUGUCACACGAAAAUUUGACCCACCUGGCUAUGAUUUUCGGACAGUUCGUGACCCACGACAUCACCUUCGUGUCCUUCGCCCCACUGUCGCACAUUGAGUUCGAACUCGGUACUGGACCAUUUGAUCUUUGCCACGUCGAACAUGACCCAGAGUGUAUUCCCAUUGACGUUCCUGAGAACGACACGUUUUACAGGACAUACAACGUCACAAAGCUACCGAUACUCCGUUCCUUAUUUUGCCUAAAAUGUGAAAACGGUUACCGAGACCAAGUAAACUCGCGCACCUCGUACCUAGACCUCUCUCAUGUGUACGGAAUUAACUGGGAUAUACAUGCGUCAAUGCGAACUUUCGAAAAAGGUCUACUCAUAAGCCAAGAGGUGGAUGGCGCAGAAUUGCCAGCGGACAGUCCAUUUCCCUACGCCGACAACUGUAGUAUACCGAAGGAAAACAAGAAGUGCGCCUGGGCAGGGGACCUACGGGCAACGCAGCACAUUGCCCUACUCUCGAUGCAAACACUGUGGCUAAGGCAACAUAACCGGAUCGCGCGAAACCUUUCUGCAAUUAAUCCUCACUGGGACGAUGAAACGGUCUUCCAAACUACAAGGUAAAU